GCUUUUAGUGUGUUUUUGGUCGAAAAGAUCGAUAAAUAGGAAAAUUCUUAGAGAAGCUCUACUGAAGAGGAGAGAGAGAGAGAGAGAGAGAGAGAGAGAGAGAGAGAGAGAGUAAAGAGAGUUUUAGUGAGGAAAACGCAUGACUACUCGUCUGCAUCGCGCAAGAAGUGGUAAAUAACAAUAUGAUGAGCAAAAUGGAGACUCGCAGUGAUUGUCGAGAGCGAGUCCAAGCAAGUGGUUAAUGAAAGCUCAUUAUUACUUAUACUUUAGACAAUGAUGACACUAUCUGUCCAAGAAGUGCACCGAUAGAUCUGAAUGGACACAACUGGUCCGUCACUGAUUGACUAUUCAGUCGUUUGCUUAUCUACUGUUGGCCCCACCGGUGGCGGUGUGUCUGAGUGUAUAUGUGUGUCAAUUAGUGGUUGUAAUAGUGGUGGCCGCCUGACGGGGCUGUAAGUGAUGAACAAAUACAAAUUGAUGACCUGUACUCUUGUCGUGUGUAAUGUGAUCUCAUUGGUGGCUAUGUUUAUUGCCGCCUUCUGGGGCUUCACGUACCCCACCAUAGAGGUCGAUGGCUACGAGAGCGGGAAAUCGGCAAUUGUGGCCACUUUUAUUUGGAUGCGAAUACCCAACUAUCCGGUAUUGGGUAAUGUCACCACUCAGGUGUAUGUGAUGGCUGUCCCGAAGCUCAUUUUGGUGGUCUUUUCAUUUGCAUUGUCGUGCAAACUAAGACAGGAUGAUAUACAACGAAGACUCAGCCGCUCAGACCCCCGGUGUCGGUGCGAUAGCAACAGCCGACACACUGCCAGCAGACAAAGUAUGCGAAGCUUUCACAAUAUGCCAAUUGAAGGCCCGGCGGGUGGUUUGCCAGGUCUACCUCCACCGUUGCCGCCGCCAAAUGCCAUCAUUCGGACGCCGCCAUUAUAUCCGAUGCAUAGGCCGAGUCUUUCCUCACCACUUCCGCCGCAACUUCCACCAGUUUGUCGGACACCGCCACUGCACGGCCCGCCAAUCAACGGACCAAUGACGGGCCCGCCCGGCACACCUCCCUGGAGGACUGAACGCAAAUGGAGUGCCACCACUGAUAGGGUGGUCAGCCAUAGUCCACAUCCACGUGAUUAUGACCGCCACUACUAUCGUGAUGUCUAUAAUCCAAACUAUUAG